CCUUCUGGGGUUGGAUAGUUUCUCUAUUUGUCAUUCAAUAGCGCGUCCCAUUUAGCCGUGAUUCCGGCCAAUCAGUGACCUUAAUCGGCCACGAUGGGGCGGGCGACAGACAGAUUGGUUGUAACCCGAGCGCUUGCAGGUUUGGCUGAGGCCUCAGGGAGAGUGAAUGAAAUGUGCGGGCUGAGGGCUGUGGAUUGCGGGGAAUCCGCCCGGGGUCGGUGAAAGCAAUUGACCGGAGUAAGUUGGCGGCUAGUCGCAGCUUUUAAGGCUUGUGCGUUGCCCCGAUCAGGCUGUUUCUGGAGGAGAUGCUCAGCAUACGGACAGUACUAGGGCCAUUGGCCGCUAUCCUACUUACAGUGAUCGGCCCGUUCGGAGCGCAUGGAUCUGGUCUAGCGGACAAAGUGAUGUGGGCAGUGAAUGCAGGAGGCGAGUCGCAUGUGGAUGUUCACGGUAUCCAUUACCGGAAGGACCCGCUGGAGGGCAGAGUGGGCAGAGCAUCCGAUUAUGGUAUGAAGCUGCCUAUUCUGCGUUCCAACCCAGAAGACCAAGUCUUGUACCAGACUGAACGUUACAAUGAGGACAGCUUUGGGUAUGAUAUUCCCAUCAAGGAGGAAGGAGAAUAUGUGAUAGUGCUGAAGUUUGCUGAGGUGUACUUUGCCCAGUCUCAGCAGAAGGUAUUUGACAUCCGUGUAAAUGGCCACACUGUUGUGAAGGACUUGGACAUUUUUGAUCGUGUGGGACACAGCACAGCCCACGAUGAGAUCAUCCCCAUCAGCAUCAAGAAGGGGAAGCUAAGUGUGCAAGGGGAGGUGUCAACAUUUACAGGGAAACUCAGUGUGGAAUUUGUAAAGGGAUACUACGACAACCCCAAAGUAUGUGCUCUGUAUAUUAUGAAGGGAACAGCUGAUGAUGUCCCACAGCUGCAGCCUCACCCAGGUCUGGAAAAGAAAGAAGAGGAGGAAGAAGAGGAAGAGGAAGAAGGUUCACCUAGCAAGAAGCAGAGCAACAAAAAUCGUGUCCAGUCAGGUCCACGAACCCCUAACCCAUAUGCCUCUGACAACAGCAGCCUCAUGUUUCCAAUCCUGGUGGCCUUCGGAGUGUUUAUCCCCACACUCUUCUGUCUGUGUCGGCUAUAAGCAGCCUGCUGCCAGUUUAUUUUUCAUCCUAAAUUUUUUUUUUUUUGGUUCUCCCAAGAAUUUUUGUUUUGUAAUUUAUCAAAAAGGGUCCUGUACGUGGAGCAAGUCACUCCCUGAACUUGUCAUGGAGUACAUAUGGACUUGGAGCUGCAGUGCUUGACAAACUCAGUAGCAGAACUGCACAGCCUUGAAAAGAAUGUGGAUCUAAAGAAGUUAACAUAUAGCAUCCAUAACCCAUUCAUCUGAUGAUUAACAUGUAAAAAGAAAAUAAUAAACUAAAAGCUGCUGGUACGAGGCGUCCAUAUCACAAAGCAGGAUUGGUAUCCUGUGCAACUGUCACUGCCUAAUAUCCAGGGUAUUGUUUCAGUAUGUGCUGUAUUUCUAUUCAUUUGUCCUUCAGAUCUGUGGGCUUGACGUUUUUGAAACCUCCAGGGCUAGAAGUAAUUGAUCUCCAAUCUGAUGUGUUCAAAAGCGUUUUUCUAUAGAGAGGGGCAUAUCUAGUACCAACUGGAUUUUGUGCUUUCCCAGUGAAGUUAAUGGUGAUUAGACAGGGACAGUAAUAAAUGCCUUCUUGCGAUGCUCAUAGCAGGGUAUCCCCUGCGCUGUAUUAGGGAUCUUAUUCUGGUAGCUGCAUAUUUUCUUUUAGUAUGUUGAAUGAACACAGAGCACAGUGACCAGCUGAGUUGCCUUGUGCCACGCUUCUCAGGCUGCAGUAAGAGCACACAGCCUCAUUGUUCCCAUAUAGCAUCCAGUUGUGCUUUAGUGCAGCCAGUACAGGGAAUACAUUUCUAAUGCUAAGCAUCAUACAGCCAUUAAGUAAAUUGUACCUUUAUUUUUUGCUGUUGCAAUAGCUUGAAAUAGAUUUGAAUUUCUUUUUUAAAAUAUAUAUUUCAACAGCUUUGAAAUAAACAUCAGUUCAGUGCUCUGUUGUGUGGUAGGGAUUGUUUCUGGAGCCGUGCCCCGCAGCUCUCAGUCCAUAUGACCUUUAUUUUCUUAUAGAUUGGAAAAAGAUUCAGCUGCUUUGGAGAUGGUAAUUUUGUUUCAUGCCCACCAACAUAUGCUAUAUGCUGCUGGCUUUCUCAAGGCUAGAACUUGUAUGGAGAGUGCACUUAUUGUUUUUGCUUUUUUUUUUUAUUUUGAAUCAGUGCCUUUUUUUAGUUUGCCUUUUUUUGGGUGUAUGGAGGCGGUACUGGUGUUUUUCUUUAUUGAGAGCGAGCAUCUGCUUAAUUAAGAUUAUUGAUGUGUUAAAGUCAGAAGUAGACAUUUUAUAACUUGGAUAUCCCUUGUGUGUGUGAAACCGUAUGGAGCAAUACAGAUUCAACAAGCCAUCUAAGCCGAGCAAUAGGAAAAUUAAUAUGGAGUGAAAUAACGCUCAACAAUAUGGACUUAGUUUCUAGUUCUGAUGCGGCUAGAUCCACUUGCCAGGUUUAACCCUACAUAGUGUUGGUUUGCCUGCAGUCAUUUAACAGUAUGAUGUCUCUAGGUUUCAGUCUUCUUGACAAAACCACUGUUUUUAAGAAGAUAUACAUAAUAUUGAAAGUCUAGACUUUGUCAUGACAGCUUGUUUUCAAGCUGUCAUGUGAUUGAAUGCCUCUUUUUUUCUGACUACCUUUCCUACUGAAAUGUUUCAUGACUUCAGCCAUACAUCCAUGCUUGAUCACAAUUCCCUGCUCAUAAUCUUAAACCCUUUCCACCCAUAGUGGGUAGGUAAUAUUUUAGAAUGAAUAGGUUGUGUAUUUACUUGGUACUCCGGCACGCUUGAAAUGCAGUGCUAUGAAUUCUGGUAAUUCCAGUUUUUUUGUUUUUUUUCUUUUGCAGUAUAACUUGAAUGUUAUGGUACCUUGUCUAUUGUCUCAGCUGCAAAUACUGAUCCUUGCCUGACAGCCCCAAGAAACUCUGCAUUUCUUUUGUAAUUGCAGUGUGUGGUUUCGAUCAGCAUUUAGGUACCAGCUGAACCAACUGUACUGUAUAUAUUGGCUUCAAAUGAUUUGUUAUUUUAGCUUAGUUGUUUUUUGAAGAAGAAGGCCCCAGGCUCCGUUCUGGGCCUUUUCAAUGCACUCUCCAAAAAUUGUUUUGUUGCCUUUUUAAAUUUCCUAGAUGUAUGUCAGUUGACAAAAGUACAGUUUACACUGGUCAUUCACUGUAUGCCUGUAUCUGUGAGUGUACAUUUCAGGAAGGAAUGCGUGAAGAAAGUAGGGAAAAAAACUGUCUAGUUUAUAAAUGAAAAUUGGGAAAUGUAGCUCAGACAUUCACCAGUAUACAUUUAAGUGGCUGCUACGCUACUACUAUAUUCCACCUCUGUACAGGCUCACUGGUGCAUGCAAAAAUAUUUUUUGGGACAUAGUCUCUCAUCAGCAUUUGCCUUACUCACCUUCAGUCAUAUCCUUUGUGUGAGGUAUAUUUGGGUUUGUACUGCAAUCUUAAUUUCAUUAUUUCUCUUUCUUCUGUUUGGUGUAAACUGUACAUAUUUGAUAAGUGUCUUGAGUGUGUCUUGCUGUUUGUACUGCAUACGCUCUUUUGCAAAGAGAAGGUGUAACAGGUGGCUCUAGCUUUUUUUUUUUCUUCUCCCCCUUGGUCAAUAAAAGCACCAAAAGCCAAAAGAUUUCUCAACCUCCACUUUGUACCUUUUUCUUUUACUUGUUUUGUGGCUUGAUUUACUCAUGUAAUAAUUGACCUGGAAAUAAAAUAUUUCUGCCAGUUUAUAAACAAAAAUAAAGAGUUUAUAUUAUA